AUGAAGCUUCAAGAAGAGGGGGAGGAAGAACCAAAAAGGAAACCUCGACGCGGCCCUAAGAACACACCGUACUGGUACUUCCUACGGUGCAAGGCCCUCAUCAAAGAGGACAAGCUGGCAGAGGCUCUGGAGCUGUUUGAGGUGCAGAUGCUGAAGGAGGAGCGUGUCCAGCCGGCGGAAAGCAAUUACACCGUUCUCAUUGGUGGCUGUGGCAGGGUUGGCUAUGUGAAAAAGGCAUUCAGGCUCUACAAUGACAUGAAAAAACGAGGGUUGGUCCCCACGGAGGCCACUUACACGGCCCUGUUCAACGCCUGUGCCGAGUCGCCGUGGAAGGACUCGGGGCUGCAGAGCGCCCUGAAACUGCGGCAGCAGCUGCAGAGCAAGAACGAGGAGCUGAACCUCAUCACCUACCACGCCCUGCUCAAGGUCUGCGCCCUCUGCUCAGACCUCAAGAUGUGCUUCGAUGUACUCAAGGAGAUUGUGCAGAAGGGGCAUGUCCUGACAGCUGAGACCUUCAGCUUCCUUCUCAUGAGCUGCAUAAAGGACAGUGAAAACGGGUUCCGAUACGCCUUGCAGGUCUGGAAAGAAAUGACUAAACUUGGGAUAAAGGGCAACAGCCACACCUACAACCUGAUGCUGCGCGCGGCGAGAGACUGCGGGAUCGGCGACCCCGUCCUGGCCUCUGAACUCCUGCUCAGACCCCCUGAGAACUCACCUCAGCUACAGCUCCCACCUGGGAAGAGGAAGGAAAGGAUGAGAAAUUGGAGGAAGAAGGGAUCAGAGAGUGUUGCUGUCCAGCUGGAUGUGGAAGCUAUGGAAAAGCAGUUAUUUCAGGAGAGCUCGGUGCAGCCCGAGGAACCGAUUCAGCAACAAAAUAAAGAUGUGAAUCAGGCUGAAGAAGAACCAGCUGCUCCUGACAGCCCCAGUGUCACCCACAGCGGGGCUGGAGCCUUGAUGAGGAGAGACCACAGGGAGAUGGAGCUGGAACAGGCACACCCAAGCCAGGAGCUGCCUUUCUGCAACCUGCCCAACUUGUUGGAUUCCAGGAUGCCUGACGCAGCCGUGGUUUCCUUGGGGACAGUGGCCACACCAUCCCACAGGCUGGCUUUGAUGGGGGAUGUGGAGGGAUUCUUGAACAAAAUGAAAGAGGACAAUGCAGAGCCCAACAUUAAAACAUUCACGUUACUGGCUGAGCUGGUGGAACCCCAAAGCCCCUCAGAGUCCUCCUUGCUGGCACUGCUGGAUGAGCAUAAAGUGAAAGUAGAUGUGACCUUCUUUAACACUUUAAUAAGGAAGAAAAGCAAACAGGGAGACCUGGAGGGAGCAAAGAGGUCUGGAAUAACUCCCAACAAGUACAUCUACAGCACCCUCAUUGCUGGUGCUGUGAGGAAGCUGGAUUACAGUUACCUGACAGAGAUCCUGCGGGACAUGAGGAACAACGAGGUGGCUCCCAACGAGGUGAUCAUCCGCCAGCUGGAGUUCGCAGCACAGUACCCCCCAAAAUUCGACAGGUACAAGUCCAGGAACCCAUACCUGGAGAAGAUUGAUGGUUUCCGUGGCUACUACCACCGGUGGUUAAAAGUUAUGGCUGGAGAGGAGACCCCCCACCCCUGGGCCAAAUACAGGACAGCCAAACGUGGGGUGCAGGACAGCGAGGCUGAGGCUGUGCAGGAACAGUGA